UUCAGUGGCUUACUAGAAUUUAUGUCAACGUCAACAUGACAUGGGCUGUCUGCUGGGGCUGCUGGUGUGGUGUUUUGAUGUGUGGUUAAAAAGUGUUGUGGUUUGUCCUAUAUUGAAGAUAUUCAUAGUUUUUGAUCUAGAAUUACUUUUUUUUCAACUUUGAAUGCUGUUUCCUCUCUUCAGUUGAUUAUCUGAUAAUAGUGAUAAUCUACCAACCCUCCAUAUUUUUAUCUUUAGCAUGGCAUUCUUGAAUAGCAGCAGAUUUCUUAGGUUAAGUUUAACAGCAAAAGUUUUUACAAGAUUUUCUUCUAGCAACCCAAGGAAUGGUCUAGUGUUGGGAGUUUAUACUGAUGCAGACAACAAUGGGGUACAGAUGACACCUUGUGCUCAGAAAUAUAAUGAAUGCUCAAAUGGGAAAUUGAUGGAACAAAUCAGACUAGCCGGAAAUGAAGUGAAGGCUGGAAAAACUUUUGUUUUCUGGGGUCUCGACAACGAAUUUCAAUCAGUUGCCGUUGUUGGAUUAGGAAAAAAAUGUGAAGAAUCUGACGAUUUGGAACUAAUCUGCCGAGAAAAGGAAGCUGUUAGAGUAGCUGCAUCCGCCGGUUGCAGAGCUUUAGAUGCAGCCGGCGUCAAAAACAUCCAAGUCGAGAACUUCUCCGACCCCGAAUCAGCAGCCGAAGGCAGCCUCCUAGGCACCUGGAAGUUCCAAGAGUACAAAACCAAGAAAGAAGCCCCGCCCCAGAUCGCCCUCUUCGAUCCCCAAGAGCGCACCGCCUGCGCAUGGCAAAGGGGCGUGGCCAAAGCCGACGCCCAGAACCUGGCGAGGAGGCUAGCAGACACGCCCGCCAACCUGCUCACCCCCACCAUCUUCGCGCAGCGAAUCCAGGAGCUGUUGGCGCCGUUGGGCGUGGCCGUGACGGUGCGCGACCACAAGUGGGCGGAGCAACAGCGCAUGGGGGCGUUCCUGAGCGUGUCGCGGGGCUCGACGGAGCCGCCUAAGUUCGUGGAGCUGGCUCUGGAUAGGGGUGGGGAGGGGCAGGCGCCGUACGUGCUGGUUGGGAAGGGGGUGACCUUCGAUUCGGGCGGCAUCAGUUUGAAGCCGUCGGCGGGCAUGGACGAGAUGAGGGCGGAUAUGGGAGGGGCUGCUAGCGUUGUCGGCACCAUUUUCGGUCUGGCCCAGCUUGGCACCCCCGCCAACCUGAGGGUGCUCCUUCCCCUCACGGAGAACAUGCCGUCGGGCUGCGCCACCAAGCCCGGCGACGUCGUGACGGCUCGGGACGGCAAGACGAUCUGCGUCGACAACACCGACGCCGAGGGCAGGCUCAUCCUCGCCGACGCGCUGUGCUACAGCGCCGAGUUUAAGCCCGAGUGGGUGCUGGACGUCGCGACGCUGACGGGGGCGAUGCGGGUGGCGUUAGGCAACGCGGCGACAGGCGUGUUCUCCACAUCGGACCGCCUCUACGCCGCGCUCCAAUCAGCAGGCUCCGUCACCGGCGACAGGGUGUGGCGCAUGCCCCUUUGGAGGCACUACACCAAACAGGUGGCCGACCACCCCGCCUACGACCUCAACAACGUGGGCAAAGGCAAAGGGGGUGGCAGCUGCACGGCGGCCGCCUUCCUGCGGGAGUUCGCCCCGCCCCACACCCCCUGGCUGCACUUGGAUAUAGCGGGGGUGAUGGGGCCGCAGGACGACACGGUGUAUUUGCACAAGGGGAUGACGGGGAGGCCUACUAGGACGCUGAUCGAGUUUGUGGAGGGGCAGGUUAGGGGUGGGUAAUGUGGGUGAUCAUCUGUUUUGCCACGCAGAUUUUGCGGCGUAUUUCUGUAAGUUGCAUUUCUUCUAUUUUGAAGUUCGUCAUCUCUUUGGGGAUGAUCUAGAAUCUAGAUGUUAAGGGACGAAAAUUGGCAGUUGUGAAUGCUUGACUGUAGAAAAAAUAAGGUGAAUGUCUUCCUCACGUUCCCAACCCUUGUAGAGGGGUUGAAAAAUUGAACUUAAUGUUACAGAAUUGCGAAAUUCAACAUACUCAUGAAUAUUUGGGUGCAAAUAGAAUUUCAAAGAUGCCAAUGAACAACCAUUCAGUAAUUUCACUUCACUUGAAUGUCAACAAGAUUCAGAAAUUUUCAAUUUAUUAUUGUUUGAAGCGUGAAUAAAUUCAAAGGUUGCAUAUACGUGACAUGAAAAUAGGUAAAAUUAGUUAAAAAAUAACCUUAUUGAAAACCAUGCAAGCGUGGGAACCAGAACAUAAAAAAGCAAUCAAUUCAGAAUAAAGAACAAUGCUUUCAAUUUCAUUAUGAAAAAAAUCUGGAAAUUCACAUAUUAGUGUGUAUUCACCUUGCGUAGAGUAGAAAACGAAUUAAGUAAGUCUGUUAUAUUUUUUAGCACUUCAGAAACCCUGACAAAGGCUGCAGAUGAACAUUCUUCUCAUUUAUCACAGGGUGGACUUCCAUAUUGAGUUAUUAGAAAGCUCAAUAAAUUUUUGAAUUCAUAUUCAUAGUCGUAUUUUGAGGAAAUCCCAAUUGCGAGACGAAUAAAAAAUGUUGUUCAAUAAAUAAACAGUUAACACAAUGUAGUUCAAAAAUAUAAAUAUGUUUUUACAAAAUGGU